CAAGCCUGGCCUUUCGACACCCCUCCCCUACCCCCAGCUAGUGUUAACAGCACCCCUCCUUGCCACCCUACCAGCAGCAGCCUCCCCCCCACCCCUCCAGUGUCUUCAGAAGCAAUACACACCGUUCGUGUUUCCUCCUUACGUGUAGGUCUAACCUCGGUACCACACACAACACCCCUUUCCCUUUUCGAUUUGUGAACGUGUGAUCGCGGACCGGCAAAAUGGCCAUCAAUGUCGGCGGCGUAGUGGCCAUCGUGAUCUUCUACCUGCUGAUUCUGGCGGUGGGGAUCUGGGCGGCCAAGAAGAAGCCUGAAGGAGAGGAUGACGCCGAUGAUGUGAUGUUGGCCGGGCGUAGUAUAGGCGUCUUCGUCGGGAUAUUUACCAUGACGGCUACGUGGGUCGGGGGCGGUUACAUCAAUGGAACAGCAGAGGCGGUCUAUGACACGGGUCUCGUGUGGUGUCAAGCGCCCUUCGGUUACGCUAUGUCCUUAAUAUUUGGNNNNGUCCUCUUCGCCAACAAGAUGCGCUCCCAGGGUUACGUCACCAUGCUGGACCCCCUUCAGGAUAAGUUCGGCGAGAGGAUGGGCGGCUUGCUGUUCCUGCCGGCGCUGUGCGGGGAGGUCUUCUGGUCGGCCGCUAUUCUGGGCGCUCUAGGUGCGACCCUUAGCGUCGUGCUCAACAUAGACAACACGGUAGCUGUCAUCCUGUCUGCCUGCAUUGCUGUUUUCUACACCCUCUUCGGCGGGCUGUACUCCGUGGCCUACACGGACGUCAUUCAGCUCAUUUGUAUCUUCAUCGGCCUGUGGCUCUGCAUUCCCUUCGCCUGGAACCACAGCGCUGUCGGGGACGUGGUGAACAUGGAGGACGACUGGAUAGGCGAAGUCCCCUCCGACCAGUACUGGAUGUACCUCGACUACUGCCUCCUGCUCGUGUUCGGCGGCAUCCCCUGGCAGGUGUAUUUCCAGCGUGUGCUUUCCAGCAAGUCGGGCCACAAGGCACAGCUCCUCUCCUACGUUGCGGCGUUCGGUUGCCUCAUCAUGGCAGUGCCACCUGUGAUGAUCGGCGCCAUUGCUAAAGCUACAUCAUGGAACGAGACGGGAUUCGAGUGCGAGGCCCCCGACACGUGCAUCACCAGCGAGCACACGGCCAUGAUCCUGCCUCUGGUCAUCCAGUACCUCACGCCCAGCUUCGUCUCCUUCAUCGGCCUGGGUGCCAUCUCCGCCGCCGUCAUGAGCAGUGCCGACUCGUCUGUGCUCUCCGCCGCUUCCAUGUUCUCGCGAAACAUCUGGAAGCUCAUUUUCCGCCAGAAUGCCAGUGAGACCGAGGUGAUCUGGGUGAUGAAGGUCGCCAUCUUCAUCGUGGGUUUCUUGGCCACGACGCUCGCCCUGACAAUCCCGUCUAUCUAUGGACUCUGGUACCUCUCGUCGGAUCUCGUGUACGUGAUUCUCUUCCCGCAACUCCUGAUGGUGGUCCACUUCAAGAACCACUGCAACCUCUACGGGUCGCUGGGGGCCUACAUCGUGGGUCUGCUCGUCCGCGUCAUGGGCGGAGAACAGAUGAUUGGGAUCCCGCCUCUAAUCAAAUACCCGAUGUUCGACGAGGAAUCGGGCACGCAGCUCUUCCCCUUCCGCACGCUGGCCAUGAUCUUGUCCGGAUCUACGCUGGUGUUCUUCUCGUGGUUCUCCAACUGGGUGUUCUUCUCGGGCAGGCUGGCCCCCAAGUACGACUUCCUGCGCUGCGUCGUGAACAUCCCCGAGGACGUGCAGACGGUCGGCGAUCCUCACGAGGGCGAGAUGACCGUGAUGGCGUGUCACUCGGUGGUCAAGUACAACGCCACGGACGAGAUGAACGGACGCGUCAACCCGGCGCUCAGUCUGGGAUCCGACAGCGACGAGGACAUCCCGGCGCCCACGACCGCGACGCCCGACGGCAAGGUCAAGAAGCGGCUGGUGGGCGAGAUUAUUUCCCCGCCGCCCAUCACGUCGCCCAAGAAGCAGGACCAGACCAAGCUGUGAGGAGGGUAACGUGUGCUCCAGCGACUGGAUGA